AUGAUCAUGAGCACCCGUGUGGCAGUGCUGACAGGGGCGGGUGUGUCUGCAGCAUCAGGCGUGCCCACCUUCAGAGGGGCGGGUGGGCUCUGGCGCACUUAUGAUGCCACGGAGCUGGCAACCCCACAGGCGUUUGCGGCGGACCCAUCGCUGGUGUGGGAGUUCUACCACUACCGCAGGUGCUGCCCUCCUGCUGCCAACCACCACUAUAGCCACUUCCUUCCUUCCCAUCGCAAUGUGGAUGGACGGCCAUGCCCGGCUGGGGCAGUAACAUCUUCAGCUGCUUGCACCACUGCCAUCACAUGUGCCCUCGUCUUGCCUGCACGGCCCUGCUGCACUCCUCGCUGUGCAUUGGCGGCAUGCCCACCAUCGCCCCCCACCCAUCGUCACCCCUCACCAUCCCCUGGCAAACCUCAGAACGUGGACGGGCUGCACACAGCGGCGGGCAGCAGCGCGCUGGUGGAGCUGCAUGGCUGCCUCUGGCGCACCCGCUGCCUAACCUGUGGGGACAUCUCAGAGAACCGCACUCAACCCAUCUGCGCUGCUCUGGAGGGCAAGGGAGCGCCCAGCGAGGGUGCCAAGGCAGCGAGCAUAGCUCUCAAGGACCUGCCGCGCUGCACCAAGCUGCCCGGGACCAGCAGCGGGGUUUGCUCGGGUGGUGCGGGCGGCAGGGGGGCGGGUGCGGAGUUCAAUGUGGAAGCCACGGCACUCUCCCCUCUCGCCACCUGGAAGUUCCCUGGAGACUCUGCCAUGCUUCUGCCGCUCGUGCUGGGGUGA